AUGGUUCCAAGGAGUAUCGAAAAUCGAACGUUUGCAUUGUAUCAGAAUUCCACAUUCCGAAAACAACACUCACUUCCACACGGGACCAUACCAGAUUCGUGGAUGCUUGGCGGAAUAGCAAUGAUCAUAAUCAUUCUCGUUCUAUUAAUUAUCGCAUUCAGGUUUGCUCUGCAUUACAUUCCACGACUAUUCGGAUACGAAACCGCUAGUCGACUUGAAGGACCUGGCCAUUCCUUAGGGAUGUAUUCGCUAGAAAUCCAGGCCCCAGGUAAACAUCAAGGAUACGCGAAUCUUGGUUAUAUACAUAGAGAAUCUGUGACUACUGCGUAA